CAACUAAACUAACUGUUCUGUCUAACCUUAACCUAUAAAAUGUUAUUUUCCAGUUUCUGUUCUGCCUGUUGUUAUUCCUGAUUGUUUUGUGAUUAUACGUUUGUUUUACUUAGUUUAGUAGUAGUUAGGUAGUCUUAGGUUUUUACGGUUCUGUUAACUUAGAUCGUUAGGUAUCAGUUCUGAGCAUUUUGCUCAGAUAAGUGAUAGGCCUAACACCAAUUAGUUUUAAUUUUAACGAAAGGCUUGUAAUUUGUUUGCAUUAUAAGUAGGCCUAUAGGCCCUAAUUUGUAACAAGUUUACCAAGAAAACACCAAAAUGUCUGAAAGAAAAGUCUUAAAUAAAUAUUAUCCUCCAGAUUUUGAUCCUUCAAAGAUUCCUCGUAUGAAAUUGCCUAAAAACAGACAGUACACUGUUCGUCUUAUGGCUCCAUUUAAUAUGAGAUGUAAAACAUGUGGAGAAUAUAUAUACAAGGGGAAAAAGUUCAAUGCUCGUAAAGAAGAUGUUGAAGGAGAAGAUUACUUUGGGAUCAGAAUCUACAGGUUUUACAUCAAAUGUACACGAUGUCUUCAAGAAAUAUCCUUCAAAACAGAUCCAAAAAACACAGACUACGAAAUAGAGGCAGGGGCAACUCGUAAUUUCAUGGCUCUCAAACUGGCCGAAGAACAAGCUCAAAGGGAAGAAGACGAGAGAAAAGAAGAGGAAGCUAAUAAUCCAAUGAAGCUUUUGGAAAAUAGAACCCAGCAGUCAAAACAAGAACUGGAACUGCUUGAAUCCUUGGAGGACCUGAAAGACCUCAACAGAAGACAACGAAACAUAGAUUAUGACUCCAUGCUCAGCAAUUAUAACACUAAAGAAGCUAGAGAGAAAAUUUUAAAAUUGCAAGAAGAACAGGAUGAAGAGUUUAUUAAAUCAGUGUUCAGCAGUGGAAAUAAACGAGUAGUCGAGGAGGAGAUAGUAGAUGCGGCAGAUGAGGAGAGAUCUACUCCUGCGACAAAAAAACUGGCUGUGGAAAAACCUGCACCCAAAACUCAGACCCAAACAAACUCGUCUUGGACCAAGAGUGUGGGAGUGAUGGGGAAGAAGCCGUUGAGUGGUCUGGUACGUCUGAAGAAACCUGAUGCAGCUACAGGCAGUCCAUCAACCACUUCAGCUACUGUCCCAACAACUUCAAAUAUCCCCGCCUCUUCAGCCAAUGGGGAAACCAAGAAACCCCAAGCGAUUCUGUCCCUAGUGGGCGCUUACUCUGAUAGCGAUGGCAGUGAAUCUAGUUAAUGGUCAGUGCAUUUCCAGGAGAUUCUCAAACACAAGACCUCAUACCCUCCUCUUCUCAUAAAUCACUUGGCAGUCUAAAGGAGUUUUACGGCACAGCUAAGAGUACUUUGGACAAGUUUCAAUCAUGUGGUACAGAAACCCAUUUAGAAAUAGUAUCUUUGGCCUUGUUGAAGUAUGGCGAUUACAAGGCUUGUGUUAAUGCAACUAGAGAGAUUGCUAACUAUGAAGAAGUCUUGAUUGAUCUCUACUUCUACGUCAGGUUUAUCGGUACCACAUUCUUCGAUUUAAUUGAGAAUAUACUCGGUUGUCGACAUGAAGGUGGAAUUUUAACAAUCUUAAACUGUACUGUAACACAAGUCCAAAACAGUGGACCAGAAUUUGAUGAAAUUCUGACAAGGGCACAGGGCUUGAUCGAAGAAGUCCAAGAUGAUACUGAUAACCUAGUAUAUUAUAUUAAAAAAUGCUUUAGUCGCAGCUCCAGUGAAUUCUUCUCAGAAUUGAACAAUCUGAUUGAGAAAUGUUAAAAAUGUAUUGUAAUAAUUUUAUUGUUGAAUAAAUUUACAGAUUUUACUUACAAUACUAUCCUAUGGACUUGUUUAAGGAGUACCUGACUAUCAAUUAAAUGGUCUAUCAUUUUCUUAGAUGUAUUGAAUACUUCCUUUCAAUUGCAUAGACAAAUGAUAUAUACUGUAAGGAAACACGUAAAAAUUGCCUUUAGCUGAUCCAUUCUCUUUAACCGUCUCUAACUAAAGAAGUCUAUAUUAGCAUGAAAUAUAUCGAUGUUAUGUU